GUGUCAACGUCACAUUCCUGAAAUGAAGCUAAAGGAUUACCAGAAAGACAGAAGAGCUGCAGCUGCAACAAGUCUCUGUGUUUCUGUCUUUAGAAAAAGUGGACUAUUCAGAAAGUCUUUCUCUCAACAACCCGCUAGAAUUUCUGCAAACACUGUGUGUAGCUAUGUCUACUGCCAGCUGUCUGCUGUUCGAAGAUCAGUUUCGGUGCUCCAUCUGUCUGGAUGUGUUCACUGAUCCUGUCAGCACAUCAUGUGGACACAACUUCUGCAAAAACUGCAUCACUCAACACUGGAAUACUGACGACCAGUGCCAGUGUCCCUUGUGUAAAGAGACUUUUACAAAAAGACCUGAACUGCAUGUCAACACUUUGUUCUCUGAGAUGGUCGCUCAGUUCAAACAGUCAGCUCAACAGAAAGCCAGCAGCAGCAGCUCACAGCAACAAGUGUCCACACCAGGAGAAAUUUCCUGUGACGUCUGCACUGGAACCAAACUGAAGGCCCUGAAGUCCUGCCUGGUGUGUCUGGUCUCCUACUGUGAGACUCACCUGGAGCCUCAUCUGACAGCUUCUGGCCUGAAAAGACAUCAGCUGAUCGACCCUGUGGAGAACCUGGAAGACAGGAUAUGCAAGAAGCACGAUAAACCUCUGGAGCUGUUCUGCAAGACCGACCAGACAUGUGUCUGUACACUCUGCCCUGUUUCAGACCACAGGAUGCAUGAUGUUGUUCCUCUGAGGGACGAAUACAAAAAAAAGAAGGCUGAGCUGGGGAAGACAGAGGCUGAAAUUCAGCAGAUGAUCCUCAAGAGACAACUGAAGAUUAAGGAGAUCAAACGUUCAGUUGACCUCUGUGAGAAAGAUGCAGACAGAGAGAUAGCAGAAGGUGUUCAGGUCUUCACUGCUUUGAAGGAGUCUGUUGAGAGAGGCCUGAAUGAGCUCAUCAAAAUGAUAGAGGGGAAGCAGAGGAGGACACAGAAACAGGCUGAAGGCUUCAUCAAAGAGCUGGAACAGGAAAUCUCUGAGCUGAAGAAGAGAAAAACUGAGGUGAAGCAGCUCUCACACUCUGAAGACCACCUCCAACUUCUCCAGUGUAUCCAGUCCCUGAAAGCUGCUCGACUCUCCAAGGACUGGACAGGGGUCAUCGUCUGUCCACCAUCAUAUGAGGGGACUGUGGUGAGAGCUGUGUCUCAGCUGGUGGAGACACUCAAUAUAGAGAUGAAGAGGCUGGUUGCUGAGCCUGAAAUGAAGAGGGUUCAGCAGUAUGCAGUGGAUGUGACUCUUGAUCCUGAAACAGCAAAUCCCUAUCUCAUCCUGUCUGAUGAUGGGAAACAAGUGAAACAUGGUGAUGUAAAGAAACAUCUCCCAGACAGCCCAAAGAGAUUUUCCCGUUAUAUUUGUGUCUUAGGAAAGCAGAGUUUCUCUUCAGGCAGAUCUUACUUUGAGGUUCAGGUUAAAGAAAAGACUGGUUGGGCUUUGGGAGUGGCCAGAGAGUCGGUCAACAGGAAGGGAGACGUCCCACUGACUCCCCAGGAUGGUUACUGGACUGUAUGGUUGAUCAAGGCAAAUGAGUACAUCGCUCUUGCUGGUCCUACAGUCCGUCUCUCUCUGAAGUCUCGUCCUCAGAAGGUGGGGGUGUUUGUGGAUUAUGAGGAGGGUGUGGUCUCCUUUUAUGACGUAGAUGCUGCAGCUCUUAUCUACUCCUUCACUGGCUGUGCCUUCACUGGGAAACUUUUCCCAUAUUUUGGCCCCUGUGCUAAUAAUGGUGGUAAAAACUCUGCACCUCUGAUCAUCUUACCUGUCAAUUAAACUGUCUGAUCAUUUUUUUAAGACCAGCAAGUCAUUGACUAGUGAAGCAUUGGCAACGAUACAUGUAGCUGUACUCACAGAAAGCUCUGUACAUAACUGUCACAAAUUAUCAGUGACACUUCUUUCUGAGGCUGGUAAGGGAACUGCAGUCAGCAUCUUGUUGCUUGCACUCUGUAGCUGCAGGGGAACACCUGGGCAUCAGCCAAACAUGACCACAAAGACUGACCAUGACUGACCAUCACCACGUUGACUGAAUGCUGGGAAAAACAUUACAAUCAUAUUUAGAAUAACAUUACAAUCUGCUAUGUUCUUCUAUUUCAUUUGGACCAUUGGCUCCACGAUACUAUCUUGCCGUUUGCAAAUCAGCUAGUGCGAUGACACAACCUAGAUGGCUAACCUUAAGAUACCGUUAGCUCUUUGGUCGCCCCUGCAUCGCUCUUGGCUAGUAGAAAGCGCUUCAUACAAUUACGUAAUUUAUUGUUGACUAAAUCAGUAUCAUCUGUCAUACAAAAGUCAGUACGUUGAAUCACGUUAGCUGGGAAAAUAAUACAGCCGGAUCAGUCCUGGAGUCUGGAUUAAAAAAUGACGUUAAUCACUAAAGACAGUGUUUUUGCUAUGUUAGCUGGCUAGAAAUUCCCCCGCAUUGGCAAGCAAGCUAUAAUUAGCUAACACUAGCCAGCUAGAACCAGAAUAUCAGAAUGUAUUUCACAUGUCAGUGAUUCCUGUAAUGACAGGAUAUCUUUUUCCUCACCAGGGGGAAAUGGAAAUUAUGAUACUGAGCACUGAAUUUGAUGGAUUUACUGUUUAUCAGACAACAAAUGAGACGAAUUAGCUAGCUAGAACAGCCCACUGAAUCUCCGCUUCACAACCUGCUGCUAAGAUGGCAGCUCAGACCUCAGCCGCUUUAGCAACUUCAAUUCAGCCACUGCAAAACCAGGUGGCCGGGUGCGGCUGAGCGGCUUACUUCCACCAGCCGAGCUGACUACUUCCAGUUUAGCGCUUCGUUAAAUGAAUAAGGGAUUAAACGAUUCAAUAGCGUCGCUCUUCUAGACUUUCCAAUGUUAUCGGACAGAGUGGAUCAAAUCCUGAUAAUGAAAUGAAUCCUUUUAUGGGCGCUACGUCGCUCAAAAAAUGCACCCACUGAUUAUGUCUUUUUCACCAAGUAAGUCAACGGGGAAAAAGUCUUGAUGGCCUCAGGGCGUCAUGUGAGGGACUGUUGUAAUUCCAUGAUAAAAAUUCAGAGCCCAGCGCACUUCCUGGGGGCCUGGAGGCAAAGCACGGGAACACGUAAAAUAUCACAUCCUUUGAAUUUUCCUGAUAAAAUUCUUCUACAUAGAGUCUUUUACAUAGAAAUCAGUCCACAGGCUCUUAGAGGCAGCAGAAAGAGGCUGAGCAGGUCUCUGUUUUUAAGUUACAACUGGUUCACCCAUUGGAAAUAAAAAACAACAAAUACAUGUGUAAAGUUACAUACAGUGCCUUUAAAUUCAUUUUUGCAUUUUAGUGUAAAUAUAUACGAGGCAAAGUUUUCAUGCUACAGUAUGACACAGCAGGUAAUACUGGUUUAUAGCAGUGGUUCCCAACUGGUGGCUUGUGUAGAUUUGUAGAUUUAUUUAUUUUGAAAUCAGGGACAGUACAUAUUAAUAAAAAUAAAAUAAUUAAGUGACCAUAGGAGGUCCAUUCUGAGUGAAUCGCUGGUGACUCGCAAACGUGUCAAGUUUGUUAAAAAACUGACUUUAUUUUAAAGUGAAUUUCUGGCAUACAGCUUUUAUUUUGAAGUGCUGUUUCCUGCUGUAGAGUGAGUAACGGACAGACAGCUACUUGACACAAAUGAGCGUGACCACAUGUCCAAACACAAGUUUGAUGCUGAAUAUAUUAAACUAUGUGGACAGUGAACUAAUGGCUAAGCAGAAAUCUGGACCAGGUUACUGGACCAGUUGGGAACCACUAUAAAGGUAUAAAGCGUGGAUUUGUUUUUAAAUGUGAGGCUUGUAAAGUGGAAAAUAUAUUUAUUUACUGGUAUUGAUUGUACUCAUUGAUGUAGUGAUAAUUAAUGUUGCUUUUAGUUUGUAAUUUACAGGUCUAUGGAUGCAGUUGUGUUGAUAUUGUAGUUUGCCUUUAUGAGAUCAUACUGACUUGGUGUGGACAUUAUUUUUCUGUGAGUUUAAAUCUGUUGAUCUCUGUCCAAACCCUUUUUUUCUUCCGAAACCCAGCCAUGUACGUUUGUUGUUGAUAAAACAAACAAACGUGAAUUUGCGGUGUUGUACCAACGUAGCACUUUUAUUUUGAAAGAGACUGUACAUUUCCUGUGAAAACAGAAGUGUAUUUUGAAAACAGACAAUGCAUGUAACAGGCUGAAGUUGACAUGACGUCCCAGAACGUCAACAACCAACACACCCAGGGUACCUUGGACGUCGACGUUUCAGUAACAUAAACUGCUAAGCUAACAUGAAAAUGUUUUUAUUUGUAUGUGAGAUCUAAACAGCUAACAAGCCUUUUUUUUGUUUGUUUUUGUAUAUUUGUACCUGUCUCUUAGUCUGAAGCACUGUUGUCACUGUCAUGUCACUGUCUUAUAUCUUUGUCCUCAGUGUUGUCUGUGUGAAAGCAGCCGACUCACCUAACCUAACUGCAAACCAAAUCUACCAACGGGUACUAAUAAAGUUACCUUACCUUACAUUA